ACGGCUGCAGACAUUAAAAACACUGCCUCACAAAUCUGACGCUCCAGAUGUGUGUCUUCACCACGGGGUAAACUAUGGAUGAUUUUUACCAAUAUCCGGUUUUCUUUGAGUGCCAGAGCCUUCUUCAGGAUCAGAUGAAGAAAAUAGAGAAUUAUUUCCGUGUUCGGCGCAGAUCAGGCGGAGGAGACUGCGGAUCUCUGCGGAAAGUGACCGAUCAAAUCUACAGCAUUUAUUUUAGAAAUCAGGAAGACCAGCAGGCAGUCCUGAAAAAGUCUGUUCAUGAUGUGGAGGAUCUGGUGCUCACUGUCCGAGACGGCCUUGAACUUCACACAUCCUCUCCAAACAAGAAUAUUACAGCCCCGGUACAGAGCCCACAGUCGAUUCCUGUCUCAAUCCCUCCAUCAAGUGGUGAAAAAUACGAACUACAACAAAAUACUUUCCUCCUUCGUUACCUAAAGGAAUGUCCCACAGCUUGGAAAAGAUUAGAGAAAGAACUUGCCUCAUUGUCCUGCUCUGCUCAGUUGUAUCCAGAGGAAGGGAGGGUUUUAGUUAGCUUUUCAACUCAACCUGAUGAUGAAAAUGAUAUUAGAGAUUGGAAAGUGGAGGUUGACAAACACUUUGAUGGCUACCUGUGCCACUGUGAGGUGGACCCUCACAAAGUUGUAGCUUUGCUUGAAUCCAGGAACUCUCUUCAGACCACCAAUGACGUUAAGGUCUACAGCGAGAAUGGGAUGGCUGUUGUUGUUGGGCAGCGUUCUCAGGUGAACGCCAAGUUAAUGGAUGUAGAUGCCUUGCUUGGUAAACAAAGGCCACGGUUACUUGAGAGGCAAACUUGCAUUUGUCGACUGGGCGAGGCUAAGCUUCGCCUCCUGUGGAAAGAGAUUGAGCACACUUUGCAAAAAGACUUCCCAGGAGUGAAGGUCACACAGGGAGCUCCAGGUCAGUUGCAUUUGGAAGGCUCUGUCGAGGAUAUUCUUAAGGCUAAAGAUUGGAUCUCUGAUCAGGAGAAGUUGGUGUUCGAAAGGACAGUUUCUGACAUGAGCCCACAUUUGUUGGCCUUUCUAAAGAAGGCUUAUAAUGGUCCUGGUGUGCUAGGGGACUUUUUAGGGGUUGCUGGCAAGGUGGAAGUAGAGUUACGAGACACAGAGCUACGUUUCUUAUCCCCUUCUGCCAAUAUUCUUGUUGAAACAGAAAAGGCACUGCAAUGUGAGAUUAAGGAAGUCAAGAUUGAUGUUCCGUACUGCUCUGCUGUGCCAUCUGAGCUUCAGGAAAAGCUUAAGUCUAAGACAAAGGAUUUGAACCAAGUGCAACACAGAGCUCAGGUCGUAUUUGGCUCUGACAGCAGUGGGUGCUUACUGGGCCACACCAAAGAGGUUGAAGAGCUAAAUGAAGUUGUCAUACAGUUUAUUUUGGAUCAGUCUAGUGUGCAAAGUGUAGUCGAUCUGCCUUUUGAAGAGUUAAUGCAUGAGUUACCAGCAUUGCUGCAGCUGCAUGGUUUAGAUCAUUCAGGGGUUACCUUUAAUCCUUUAACAUCUUCCUCUCGGCCCAUGGUGGUGCUGGAAGGUCCAUCCAGCAAAGUGACUGAGGUAAGGAACAGGCUGGGGCCAAUUCUGGACUCCCUUGUUCAAGAUAGACUCUCCAUUGAUAACAGAGUAGAGGUGAUGUACCAGACAAGUACUGAAAACAGGGCACCAAGUGAUCUGGGGUUCCAGAUGGAUGCUUCUGGCCAAGAUGGAGCAAGAGGAGCCACUGCUGGAGCUCCUGGAGGGGGUGUCCAUCUAGAGAUCAUUCAGGGAACAAUCGAGACCCAACAGGUGGAUGCCCUGGUAUCGCCCAUGGUUUUUCAUGAUCCUCUUUCUACCCGUGUUGGAAACACUUUGUUCCAACAUUUUGGAAACCAGCUGACUGCAAGGUUUAGAAAGGAAGCAGAUGAAGAAACAAUUCCUGGUGACAUAGUCCUGGUGGAGGCUCUAGCUGGACUUCAAUCUAAUGCAGUCAUUUUCCUCAACCUCGCUCCAUGGAACGAGGAUCCGGAUGGAGCUGCAGUUGAGGUUCUGAGAAUGGGCAUUAACAACAUCCUAACUUCCUGUGAGGAUAGAGGGUUUGGAUCAGUUGCCCUCCCUGUACUCGGGGCAGGGAUUGCCCUGCGUUUCCCUGACAGCCUGGUAGCGAGGGUUGUCCUGGAAGAAGUUUAUGCUUUUGAACAGAACCGAGCCAGCGCGAAACCUCUCCUUGUCCGUAUCGUCAUCCACCCCGAAGACGAAGAUUCUUUGGAGGCCUUCAAGUCUGCCCAGGAAGCUUCCCAACUCAAAGGAUUCACAAUGAGGAUGAACCAGCAUGAACAAGGUCCAACUCCAACAAGGAUUGUCCUGCUGGGAAAAACUGGAUCAGGGAAAAGCAACCUAGGAAACACCAUAUUUGGAGAGGAAGUGUUCACCACAAACCAUUCUCCUAACUCUGGAACAGGGAAGUGUCAAGCAGAAACCAAGAUCUGUCAACGGAAGAAGCCUCACUUUGAUCGACACUCCUGGUUUCUUUGACGCAUGCAAGUCGGAAAAGGACAUGAAGCCGGAGAUAGUGAGUUGUAUCACAGAGUGCGCUCCUGGGCCUCAUGCUUUUCUCAUUGUGCUUAAAGUGGAGAAGUUCACAGAGCACGAGCAGGCUGUCAUCACUAAAAUAUGCGAGUAUUUCUCCAAAGAUGCUUUAAAAUAUGCUGUGAUUGUCUUCACCCACGGCGAACAGCUUCAAGGGAGGACAAUCGAGGAAUUUGUCAAACUGAAUAAGAAUCUGAGCGCUCUGGUGAAGAAGU